AUGCCCUCCACAACAACCCUCCCCUCCACCGCCGCCACCGCCCCCCUCCCCCCGGUCGUCCAAAACGCCCUCUACUCCGCCCUCAUGACCUCGCGCUCCAUCCCCACCAUCCAAGCCACUCUGACCCACGAGCUGCAGGCCAGCGGCUGGACCACCAACCUGCGCGCCUACAUCCAGCAGCUGCUGCGCUCCGGCGAGUGCGCCACGUACAACGAGGUCAUGGCCAAGCUGAUGGAGGAGACGCGCGUGCGGAAAGACUACCAGAACGGGGUGGUUAACGGGAAUGGGGUGGGGAAUGGGAAUGCGAACGGGAACGGGGAGGGCGGGAGGACCGUGGAGGAGGGCGGGAUUCUGAUACCGGAGAAGGCGGUAAGGGAGGGGGUGAGGGUAGUGAGGAGGGAGUUGGAGAGGGUGUUGGAGGUUGCGGUUGAGGGGGAGUAA